AUGCAGGAAGUUCUCCUCCCGGCCCACCCCGUGCCGUUCGGGUUCGGGCCGCUGGGCUUCGUCGACCGCCGCCUCUGCUCCCCGGCCCUGCUGUUCCCCACCGGCGACGGCCUCAUCCACGGCGGCUGCUCCGCCUUCACACCCAACCCCAGGGCGUCCCCGCGCGGCGAUGGCGUCUUCUACCGCGGCUGCACCCCGAGCCCCAUGGCGUCCCCGCGCGACUCCACCCCCUUCACGCCGAGCCCCAGGGCGUCCCCGCGCGGCACCGCCUCCACGCCCUCCUCCUCGUCCGGCUCCCGCGUCUACGACGACACCGCGGCGGCGGCGGCGGAGCACCGCCUGCGGAUGGCCCGCUUCGCGCUGCAGUACCAGGACGCCGUCAACCGCUACCACCUCUGCGUCUCCCAGCUCGCCGACGCCGCGCGCGAGGCCGACGCGCUCCGCCUCCACAACGCCGGCCUCCGCGGCGCCAACGACGGCCUCGCCGGCCGCGUCGUCAUGCUCGGCGGCAACCGGGGCCCCGCCAUCGCGCUGGCUGGGCAGCUCCGACGCCUCCACCUCGGGCCGAUGCAGCCCAUGCCCGGGGCUCCUCCGAUGCCCCAGGGUCCUCCGAUGCUGCCGAUGGCGCGUCCUGCCUCCCCGGCCGAGAAGCACGCGGUGCUGCCGAAGAGCAUCUCCAUCCGCUCCACCGGCUACCUGAAGAUGGCCAGGAACGGCAAGCAUCGCGUGACGAAGCAGGCGAACGUCGGUUCGCAGCGCGUGUUCGUGGGCGUGGACGGCGCGAAGCCGGAGGAGCAGAAGGGCCAGCUAGUGACGUCCACGGGCGGGCUGGAGUUCGAGGUGUACAACCAGGGCAUGUUCAAGACGGAGCUCUGCAACAACUGGGAGGAGGCCGGGGCGUGCCGCUACGCCGACCAGUGCCAGUUCGCGCACGGCAUCGCCGAGCUCCGCCCCAUCAUCCGCCACCCGCGCUACAAGACCCAGGUCUGCCGCAUGAUCGUCGGCGGCGCCCUCUGCCCCUACGGCCACCGUUGCCACUUCCGCCACUCCAUCACCCCCGCCGACCACCCCCUCCUCCUCGCCGCCUGA